AUGUCAGCAAACGAAUUUUACUCAAGUGGCGAGCAAGGGCAAUACAACCAGCAAAACAGCCAAGAAAGAAAUGGUGGCCAAAACAACGGUCAAUAUGGCGAUAAUGCUAAUCCUAACGGUGAACGUGGUCUGUUUUCCACAAUCGUAGGUGGCAGUGCGGGUGCAUACGCUGGUUCCAAGGUAUCGAACAAUCAUUCCAAGUUAAGUGGGGCAUUGGGUGCGAUAGGUGGUGCAUUCCUUGCAAAUAAGAUAUCUGAUGAGCGUAAGGAGCACAAGCAGCAAGAACAAUACGGUCAACACGGUAACUCAAACUUUGGUGGUCCUCCUCAAGGUGGUUACAACAACAACAACAACAACAACGAUCGUAAACAUAAUAACGGUAACAAUAACGGUGGAUUCGGCGGACCGGGAGGACCGGGCGGCCAAGGGUUUGGUAGACAAGGUCCACAAGGAUUUGGAGGUCCUGGUACACAAGAUUUCGGAGGUCCAGGCCCUCAAGGAUUUGGAGGUCCAGGUCCACAAGAGUUUGGUGGGCCAGGCGGUCAAGGAUUUGGUGGUCCAAACCCUCAGGAGUUUGGAGGCCAAGGCCGUCAAGGUUUCAACGGUGGUUCACGCUGGUAA